GUAAAAUAAAUAAAUUUAAGAAAUAUUAAAACCAUUAAAUAACGCAAGAAACUGAUUGCAAAACGCAUUUAUAAUCCCUUUUAGUAUCUGCGCCCCCAGAUUAUUUUGAUGGGCCGCCAGUCUUAGCGACUUUUGCUGUAAAUAUCGAAAAAAUGAUGGCACAACAUUUUACGCAGCGGGAGCUGUGCACUGGGAACUGGCAACGAGGCUCCGCUGUGUGGCACACCUACCCCGAGUGUAGAAUUCCCCUUCCAAUAUAUGUACAUAUAUGUGUGUAUGCAUAUGAAGAUAUGCCAGCUACGCACACGCGAAUAACUCGCAUUCACAUUGUCCAUAUAGCCUCAUAGCCCCGCACUCCGUAGGCCCUAGGUAUGACCGCGUGCGUUGCGUGUGAUGUGCGUGAAAUGCAACUAAAUCAUGCCGCGAAAUAUUUCAGGGAUUUAAGAAACGCAUACAAGAGAAAUGAGGCAAGAGCUGAAAACUGAAGGGCAUACAUUGAGAAUACAAGAACGCGCGCCCCGCCAGGCGGCAGAUGGCCAGGAACGGACCGUGGACGGACCACAAGUUGCUGCUUGUUGUUGUUGAUAACUUAAAUGCCACAUUUAGAUACAAAAUUUCAGUAACGGCGGCGCAUAAAUCAAGCGGCAAGAUCACCAGAGGCUGGCCCCAGUCUCGGCGGAAGCAGGGGGCGUUGCUGGAGACGAAAAACGAGAAGACGAAGUCGAGCCGCGCCGGUCGGGAACCAGGAACAGGGAACCCAUGGAAACUGGAAAUGGUAAUGCAACUGCAACACGAUCGCCAGUCGGCGGAGAGGGGGGCACAGCAACGGAAGUGGGACGUAGGGCAGACUCUUUAUAAGAGAGAAGUGCUAUUCAAAUGUGUCCCCUCCUCCAAGACAAAUGGAGCAAAGGGGUGCUGGUAGCCGCUUAGUCAGAGCUCUUUAUCAUCAUUCGUCGCCCUCGUCGACGUCAUUUGACACUUUUCUGACAUUUUUAUCAUUUAAGUCACAUUCAGUUUUUGUUUAUUCUCGAUCAGACAAACAAAGAACCGACUUUAGCUGCCUUAUGACAGCUUUUCAGGGCCUUACCUCCACCUCCUUCACCGCCCCUAACAUAUAUAAAGAUAUUUUAUUGUUGCCCAAUUCAGUUUGUAUUUUGUAUUUUGUAUCUAUGCUUUAAUGAAAGUGUUGAGUUUUAGUUUU